AUGUCUUUAAAUACUCGUAUAAAACGAAAAAAAGAACUUCGAGAAGAAUAUAUUGAACAAAAUGGAUUAAUAUUUCAACUACCUGAUGAAACACUUCUUUCAAUAUUUAAAUAUCUUACAAUAGAUGAACUUAUUCAUGCUGCUAGUAUUUGUAAAUGGUUUCGUCGUAUUGCUUAUGAUGAUGAAUUUUGGACAACAAUUGAUUUAACAUCAAAAGUCUAUUCAAAUCGUGUAUUAUUAAAAUUUUUACGUCGUUUUCCUCGUGAUUGUACAGAAGUAUUAAAAAUUUCUGGUGGAUUACAUCAUAAUAAUUCAGGUAAACCACCUCCAUAUACUGAACAAUUAAAUUCUUUAAUACAAAUAUCUUAUCCAAAUCUUCGUUAUUUAUAUUUAUCACAAUAUGAUUUUCAUAUUAAUCAAACUGCUAUUCGAAAUAUAACAUAUUUACCAUCAAAUCUUUAUGGUCUUUAUUUAAAUAAAUGUGAAAUGUUAACAACAAAUCUUUCAGGAGGAUUAAAUUUUUUACAAAUAUCACAAAAAUUUCAAAAAAAAAUUCCUUUUCAACAACUUCAAAUACUUUCAUUUGAAAAUUCAUCAUGUUUAAAAUCUGAAUCAAUUCAUUAUUUAAUUGAUUUAUGUCCAAAUUUAAUUGAAAUUAAUUUUAAUGGUUGUUUUCGUAUAAUACCAACAAGAAUAUUUAUUAAUACACUUAUUUCAUAUAGUAAUACACUUCGUCGACUUUAUUUAAGUGAAACACAAAUUACUGAUGAUACAAUUCAUUCUAUAUGUCGAAAAUUAAAACGUUUAAAUAUACUUAAUAUUAAAAAUUGUAAACAUAUUACAAAAAAUAUAGUCGAAAAUUUAUUAACAUUAAAACAAUUACAAAAAUUAAUAGCAAAUGAUGAUAUUCAAAAUUUUUAUAAUCAAAGAAAAAAUGAAGAAAAUUAA